AGUCACUUUGUCUAAAAUUCUUCGACAUUAUUCAUAUAUUUGCUUAUAUUUAUAUUAUAUUGUUUAAUUAAUUAAUUGAAAAAAUGUUUUCGAGCGGUCCAAAUUAUACUAAAUUAAAAACAAAUCUUCGUUUGGCCACAAGUCGCUUAAAGCUCCUGGAAAAGAAAAAAUCAGAACUGGCCCAAAAGUCACGAAAGGAAAUUGGAGAUUUUUUGUCCAACGGUAAAACUGAACGUGCCCGUAUACGUGUGGAACACAUAAUACGCGAGGAUUACUUAGUUGAAGCAAUGGAAAUUGUGGAAAUGUACUGUGACAUGCUCUUGGCUCGUUUUGGUCUAGUGACGCAGAUGAAAGAACUUGACGAUGGUAUUGCUGAAGCAGUUUCUAGUUUAGUUUGGGUGUGUCCACGUUUGCAAAGUGAUGUUACAGAGCUUAAAAUAAUAUCUGACAUAUUUAUAAGCAAGUAUGGACCGCAGUUCGCAGAAGCUGCGCGAACUGCUACAGGAAAUCACCAAGUAUCAGAGAAAUUAAUGCAUAAGCUGCAGCUGCAAGCACCGCCCAAACUAUUGGUGGAAAAAUAUUUAAUUGAAAUCGCUCGAAAUUAUAAUAUUGAAUAUGAGCCAGAUCCACAAGUUAUGAAAGACGAAGGCAAAGAUGGUCAACAAGCUUAUUUAAUUGAUUUAUCGGACAAAAAUAAUCUAGGUGGUGCUAGUGGUCCGCCGCCUCAAAUGGGCUUCAUUGGAUACCCUGCUGUACCUCCAUUACCAGUAAUGCCCGAUCCACCAGCUACUAAGCCUUUUAACUAUCCUCCACCGUACGGAGGUGGUGGAGGUGGGGGUGCAGCAGGUUUCAUUCCUACAAAUGCUAAUACUCCACCAUUUUCAUACAACAUACCACCAAAUGUUCCGCAAUCAAUGCCGCCAACGAACGAAAAGAAGGACUUAAACACAAAUUUCAUUGAUCGAGCUAAAGCACACAAUGAUCCUCCACCCCGGUAUUCAUCAAUUAAUCCUUAUAAUUUGCAAAACACAAAUAAACCUAAACCACAGCCACGUUCAAAACUACCUCCAGCAACACCUAGUGCUCCGCCACACCUCCCAGAUAUUCCGAAUCUUCCGAAUGUCCCAAAUGAUUUGCCAGACAUUCCUUGCGAUAAUGAAAAACCAGAAAAUGAUGACAUCGAUUUUGAUGACUUGUCGCGACGCUUUGAAAAUUUGAAGAAGAAGAAGUAAACGAAGAAUUCCUAAAUAUUUGUUAUAAUCAUAUUAUGUAUAUUUAUUCAUUGGUUACAAAUUAUCUACAAAUGUAAAGUUGUGUUAACUUACUGUGCAAAUUAAUCAUAUGUAUAAACAUAUAUUAUAAAAAUAAUCAAUAAAAAGAAAUAUAUAAUUAAA